GAAGAAGAAGAAGGUCAUGUUGUUUUGAAGCGUCAUUUCCUGUCAGCGAAAGCGUGCUGCAUGCUAAAAAGGAAAAUGGCAGCGGACAGCAGAACCGAGGACUACCCUCACGAGAUAAACGAGCAGCUCACAGGUUUCAACUCCUCAGUCUCUUCUGUCAAAGACAUGAUACAGAAGUUAAUAUCAAUGCCCAGAAAUGACCUGCUGCAAAAGCUGGACCCUUUGGAUCAAGCCAAGCUGGAUCUGAUGUCUGCCUACACCCUUAAUUCAUUAUUCUGGAUGUACUUGGUCACACGAGGCGUAAAUCCCAGAGAACAUGGAAUCAAACAAGAAUUGGAGCGAAUAAGGACGUACAUGAACAAAGUCAAAGAGAUAACAGACAGGAAGAAAGCGGCCCGUCUGGACAAGGGGGCUGCUUCACGUUUCGUCAGGAAUGCUCUCUAUGAUCCAGACGACAAAGAUUCACGAAAAAAAGCAGCAUCCAAGAAAACAGCCGACACACAUUCUGACAGCCCGGAGUCAAAGCGUCCAAAGCACAGAUGAAGUAAAGACGCAGCUGGACAGUCUUGUCCUAACGCGUUUUAUACUUUUUUUUUUUAAGAGACAAACAGUUUUUACUCACAAGGCAAAAAAGCAACGACAGGCAUUGUAUAAGACGAUAUUAAACAUACAACAAAAUACACUUUGUGUACCUCAGUUUCUCAGCGGUCAGAAAAUGGGGAAAAAACACUUUUUGCCAACUACGAUACACCAUCGAUACACGAGUGACAAAUUGGGUCCACUGACGUAUUGAAAUAUGUCACUUAAGAUUUUUUUUUUUAAGAUAAAUGAGAAAUAUUAAUUUCUAUUUUGAAACAGAUUCUAUGAAUCAAAAGUUGUUCUUUGGGAUGUUUUUACACGUGUCAUGUGUCAAACAUAUUGAUGAAAUAUUUUUGGUGAUGUAUUGCUCCCCGGAUCGACUUAAGUAUAAAAAUCCUCACCAAA